CUUUACUCUCGGUCAUCCUCCCCCUCCUCCACUUGACUAGCUCUCGCUUCUGCUCCCUUUUCCUCCCCCAGUUUGUUGUUUUUUCCGACAAAUCUUUGGAAUCUGGAUCGCAUCAUGGCUCCGUCUCGGUCAUCAGCCUCAUGGCUCCCCUCUGUGCUGGCCGUAUGUGCCAUCCUGUGCCUGUCGGUGCCCGCCAAUGCCCUCUACUUCUUCAUGGACGGGCGCCAGACCAAGUGCUUCUUUGAGGAGCUUCCCAAGGACACCCUCGUUGUCGGUACCUACUCCACCGCCGUCAUCAACGAGCAAUCGAACACGUAUAUCGUCGAUCCCAACCUGAAGAUGCUUAUCACCGUCGACGAGAUCUUUGACAACGACCACCGCGUCGUCUCCAAGCGCGACAGCCACGCGGGCCGCUGGACCUUCUCCGCCGCCGACGCCGGCCUACACAAGAUCUGCCUCACCCCCGAGACCAACGCCGCGACGGGCGGAUGGCUGUCGGGCGCCCCCGCCGGCGCGGUGCAGGUCACGCUCGACAUGGCCAUUGGUGAAACCAGCAAGAUUGAGUCGGAGGACAAGGACAAGAUGCAGGACAUUGUGCAGAAGGUCAAGGAUCUGAACGGUCGGUUGCAGGAUAUCCGAAGAGAGCAGGUGUUCCAGCGGGAACGUGAGGCCGAAUUCCGUGACCAGUCUGAGGCUACCAAUUCCCGUGUUGUCCGGUGGACUUUGAUCCAGCUGUUCGUUCUUUCGGCCGCUUGCGCCUGGCAACUCUCGCAUCUCCGCUCCUUCUUCAUCAAGCAGAAGCUUACAUAAAUGUUCUCCUGUUGAUGUCGUGGUUAUCGAGCGAUGCCCUUUCUUAUAUGUAUUUCUUUAUUUCGUGGAGGGGAAUGGAAGGAUGAUUGAAAGUAUUGAGAGGGAAAGCACCAGGUCAGGCCCGGUAGCUUCACAUGACUGGUGUUUUCUUUUCAGCGAUUUAAUAACCUUUCGGAAUGCCCUCCCUAUUCGUCACCGUGUUGGGUCUUGCAGGGAUAUAUGAAAUGAUCUAGAUGUAUUUCUCUCUACGCUCAAGGUUGUUCCUGCUCCGUA